UUGAGCCUCCCAUUCUUCCACCAGACCUGCAGCUCUCUUUACUACCUCAUCUCUGCUACACAAUCAAAUCAUCAAUGGCUGCUGCUUCAGUAGAGGAGAUCAGAAAGGCCCAAAGAGCCCAGGGUCCGGCCACCAUCCUCGCCAUUGGCACCGCCACUCCCUCUAACUGUGUCAACCAGGCUGAUUAUCCUGAUUAUUACUUCAGGAUCACCAAGAGUGAGCACAUGGCUGAGUUGAAAGAGAAGUUCAAGCGCAUGUGUGAUAAGUCUAUGAUUAAGAAACGUUACAUGCAUUUAGAUGAAGAAAUCUUGAAAGAGAAUCCCAACAUGUGCGGUUACUGGGAGCCAUCUCUUGAUGCUCGUCAGGAUAUUGUAGUGGUGGAGGUCCCGAAGCUGGGGAAGGAAGCAGCAACUAAAGCUAUCAAAGAAUGGGGUCAACCUAAGUCUAAGAUCACCCAUCUUAUUUUCUGCACCACCUCUGGUGUCGACAUGCCUGGUUGCGACUACCAGCUUACUAAGCUCCUUGGCCUUCGUCCCUCUGUCAAGCGAUUCAUGAUGUAUCAGCAAGGCUGCUUUGCUGGUGGGACGGUCCUCCGUAUGGCCAAAGACUUGGCUGAGAACAAUAAGGGUGCUCGAGUUCUUGUUGUGUGCUCUGAGAUAACUGCCGUCACUUUUCGUGGUCCUUCUGAUACCCACUUGGAUUCCUUGGUGGGUCAAGCUCUUUUCGGUGAUGGAGCUGGAGCUUUAAUUGUUGGAUCCGAUCCUGAUACUUCCAUCGAGCGUCCAUUAUUUCAGCUUGUGUCUGCAGCACAAACAAUCCUUCCUGACUCUGAUGGAGCCAUUGAUGGACACUUACGUGAAGUGGGUCUCACCUUUCACUUACUAAAAGACGUUCCAAGUUUGAUUUCAAAGAAUAUAGAGAAAAGCCUGGUGGAAGCAUUCAAGCCAAUUGGUAUCAGCGAUUGGAACUCCAUAUUUUGGAUAGCUCACCCAGGUGGUCCAGCCAUUCUCGACCAGGUUGAAGCAAAACUUAGUUUAAAACCUGAAAAGAUGAGAGCAACCAGGCAUGUUCUAAGUGAGUAUGGAAACAUGUCAAGUGCUUGUGUGUUGUUUAUCUUGGAUGAGAUGAGAAAGAAGUCUUUAGAGGAAGGGAAAGUCACCACCGGAGAAGGAUUAGAGUGGGGUGUUUUGUUCGGUUUUGGGCCUGGUCUAACGGUGGAAACUGUCGUGCUGCACAGUGUCUCCACAUGAGGCAGGAACUCAAUGAAUCAAUUACUCUAAUGGAAGAUAAUAAGAACAAGACUUGCUGGAUUUUGUGGUAGACAACUGAAGGUAGAAAUGAAAAAAAAAACAUAUAUAUAUAUUAUUAUAAGAAGAAGUCUGGUCGGUUUAUCAGUUGAAUGUGUGUAUUAUUGCAAUAAAUUCUUAUUUUGUUUUUAAUUAUCAA